GUUUCCAAACCUCGUCAUUGAACGUGGGGCUGUUACGGCAGUUCUGCUGGGAUCGGCGCACUUGCUUCCCCGGAUAUUCGGAUGACAAAUCUAUAUAUCAAGCUCGCCAUCUCGUAUUCAUUCGAAUAGAUCUUAAAUAUUUUACAACACCAUGGCGCCCAUCAAGUUGGGCCUAGUUGGCUUAUCUGCAGGAGGCUCGUGGGCCUCUCGUGCUCAUUUACCCUACUUUUCCAAGACCGACAAAUACGAAAUCGUGGCACUGCUAAACAGCAGCGUAGAGUCAGGGAAGAAAGCUGCCGAGAAAUACAACCUCUCUGGCGUCACCUACUAUGACAAGAUCGAUUCUCUUCUCGAGGAUAGCAAUGUGGAUCUGGUAGCCGUUGCGGUCAAAGUACCCGAUCACUACGAGAUUGCCAAACCAGCGCUGGAAGCCGGCAAGGACAUCUUUAUCGAGUGGCCUCUCGCGGCCAACCUCAAGCAAGCUGAAGAACUGACGAGCCUGGCAAAAUCCCACAAGGUCAAGAACCUUGUUGGCCUGCAAGCACGACAGGACCCAAGUAUCGUUAAGGCCAGGGAAUUGGUGCUCAACGGCAACCUUGGCGACAUUCUGGGCACGACCAUGACUGGACAUGGCGGUCUUUUCGGUCCUCAAGCAACACCCUACUUUGAGUACAUGUUCCCCGUUGAGAAUGGAGCCAACUUGGUGACUAUUCCUUUUGGUCAUGCCGUUGAUGCGUUGUGUUAUGUGCUCGGCGAGUUCAAGGACCUUCAAGCCACGUUGGCAAACAAUCGACCCAAGAUUGACGUCGUUGACGAUGCGGGCAAACAUCUCCGCACAGCCGACAAGACCUCGCAUGAUCAUCUGGCUCUCACAGGGACAUUGCAACGUGGUGGUGUCGCCACAGUGGUGUACCAGCCCGCCACGUCGUUAACAGGCCACAACUUCUAUUGGGAGAUCAACGGCACCAAAGGCAGUCUUGUGCUGGAGGCAAGUAGUGGACACGUCCAGAUGUUCCAUCCCACCAUCAAGUUCGUGUCCACUGAGAAGGACGCCAAGCUCAAGGAGAUUGAAGUUGAGGCCCCUUCAGAAUUUUCGUAUAAUGUAGGACAGGCGUGGAAUGCAUAUGCGGGAGAAGGUUCGGGAACCGUGACGACAUUUGAGGAUGCUCUCUUGAGGCAUAAGAUGAUUGAGGCCAUCUAUAGGAGUGACGAGAAGGGGACUCGAGAGAGUUAUUUGUAAAUGGCAAGGCAUUCUCUUCUCGAGUCGAGUGAACGAUGUACUGUCCGUUCCGGUGUCUGGUGAUCUUCUCCUGAUGCUAGAAUCACUAGGUGAUGCAUCUCUGCGUCGCUGCAGAAGAAAGUAAUAGCAGUGACGAGGUUCAUAGACCGGAAUG